GUGAGUCUGCGCAAACUUGGGGCACUACUGUCACGUGAUCAGCAAAUCACGUGAUUCAUAGGAUCAUGUGACAGUCCGGAAGAAGCGAUACACCUAUUUCGCACCUAUCGACAAUAAACCCACAGAUAUAUUUCCUCAGAAUGAAAAUAACGCAGACAACGCAACACACUUCAACAGGUGUCACUCAGACAAAGAAAGCAUCAGCAGACAUCACGAGACUGUCCUGAUUCAUCACACACAAGGUUUUGAGAGACAUGGCGCGUGCACUCGUGUGUGUGUGUGCUCUGAUCUGCGCUGCUGCGGCUGCUUAUGUGCCGCCGAUAGGAACUCAACCUGAGCAGGUGCACAUCUCAUAUCCAGGUGUAAAGAACUCUAUGGUGGUCACAUGGUCGACCUCCAAUCAGACGGAGAGUGUUGUAGAAUACAGUCUGUGGGGUGAUGCGCUCUUCAGGAAGAAGGCAAAGGGAAACUACACCAUCUUUACUGAUGGAGGGACAGAAAACAGGACAUCCUACAUUCACCGGGUCACUCUGACUGACCUGAGACCAGGGUCGAUUUAUGUGUAUCACUGUGGCAGUGACGACGGCUGGAGUGACGUCUUCUAUCUCACAUCUCUGAACGAAAGCUUGAGUUUCAGCCCCAGAUUCGCUCUGUACGGUGACAUGGGCAAUGAAAACCCUCAGUCUUUGAGUCGACUGCAGAAGGAAACUCAGAUCGGGAUGUACGAUGCUGUUCUGCACAUCGGGGACUUUGCCUAUGACAUGCAUGAGGACAAUGGCAGGAUCGGUGAUGAGUUCAUGAAGCAGAUCGAAUCCAUCGCGGCAUACGUGCCCUACAUGACAUGCCCGGGUAACCACGAGCAGGCUUAUAACUUCUCCCACUACAGAUAUCGGUUCAGUAUGCCGGGACACACAGAGAACCUCUGGUACAGCUGGAACAUCGGGCCUGCUCACAUCAUCUCGUUCUCCACCGAAGUUUAUUUCUAUCUGGAAUAUGGUCUGGAUCUGCUCUUCAGACAGUACGAGUGGCUCAAGAAAGACCUCGAGGAAGCAAACCGACCCGAGCAGAGAGCCGAGCGUCCGUGGAUCAUCACCAUGGCACACAGACCCAUGUACUGCUCCGAUGAUGACGGGGACGACUGCACACGCUUCCAAAGUUACGUUCGCCGUGGACGCAAUGACACAAAGCCCAUCGCUCCUGGACUUGAGGAUUUAUUCUACAAAUACGGAGUUGAUUUGGAGCUGUGGGCACAUGAGCACACGUAUGAAAGACUCUGGCCCGUGUAUGAUUAUAAGGUGUAUAACGGAAGCUCUGAAGAACCGUAUGUGAAUCCUAAAGCGCCUGUGCAUAUAAUCACAGGUUCUGCUGGUUGUAGAGAAAAACACGACGGCUUCAUUCCCAAACCUCGCAGCUGGAGCGCUUUCAGAAGCACAGAUUACGGCUACACACGGAUGCACCUGAUCAACUCCACACAUCUCUAUCUGGAGCAGGUGUCUGAUGACCAGAAUGGGAAGGUUAUCGAUGACAUCAUGCUGGUGAAGGAAACACAUGGACCAGACGCGUGGCUCUGAAGAUUCAUGGAUUCUGACGGAAGCGAUCAAACGCUACGUCUCUGGAAAACACUGUGAAUGGAGAUCGACAUAAACAGGAUCGACCACAUGUGAAAUUUCAGGCUCUCCAAAGAUCUUAUUGGAACGUGUGAUUCUUUAAAACUCUUUCAGACUAAUCAACACUUAUUUCUUGAAUCAUUGUAAAUUAAUGGAUAAGGGAUUUUCAGAGAAGUUAUUGGAAAGAUUAUGAACAAGACUGAGACCAUUGCAAACAUCUUUAUGUUGAUAGAACUGAACCAAAUGAAAAUUCCCUCAUGACUUUGUGAAGCGUGACGCUGUUAAACUGUGACCCGUUUUCUGUGAAGUUCUGUGAAGUUGAAAUACAGUUUCUCUUUUAUUUGA